CUGAAUUUAUGGCGUGGUUUGGCGUUACUUCAUAAUUAAAACUGGAAAUUUAUAAUUAUUUCAGGUAAGGCAAUUAAAAACAGAUAAUAUAGGAAACAGAAAAUUUUUACGAAUUACAUAAAUAUACAAAAAUUCCCGAUUAUCUUGAAAAUUCGGUUAAAACGUUAAAUUUAGGCCUAACCCGCCAUUAAAAAAUAAACAAAAGAAAACAACGCCAUGAGACGUCAUACCAUUAAAUUGCUUUAUUAAAAAGUAAUUUAUUUCUUAUUAUACAUUAAUUAUUAAUAAAUUAUUUAUUUUUUUUAAAAAUUAAAUAAUCAUUUUAUUACAUUUAUAAUACGUGUGAACGUGACAGCUUAAUCAAGUGUGAUGCAGGUGUUUCCUGAAGUGUUUAACACUAAAAAUCUCUGUGACGUCAAUUUAACUCGUAUUUACGGGUUUUAUAAUGCAUUACGAUUUAUCUGUUUAGUAGAUGUUUUAUAGGUAAAUAUGCAGUUAUGUAUACCUAAUGGCACUGUUUCAAAAAAUUGAUUUCUUUGUGUUUUUGUAAAAAUUUAUCCAAAUUAAUUAUUAAUAUUUUUGUAUGUAUUGUUGUAAUGUCAGAAUUACUUAAAGAGGAAGAGUUUUUAUGGCAAAAAUGGACCUCAAUGGAUUUUUUUCGUUAUUUACAAUCCGAUUUUCCCGAAAUACAUGUUGAUAAAAGAAUUUCUUCAGAUGUUAAAUUUGCCAUAAAAUUAGGUUUACAACCUGUUGCUGCAGAUUGUACAAAAUGCAAAGGUCGUUAUAAAUUAAUUUACAGAAAGGAUCACGAUUCGAUUUUAUUCCGAUGUCACAAAUGCAAGACGAGCGGUUCGCCGUUCGAAGGAACCUUUAAAGGUAAAUUCGGGAAAAUUUCAUGGGGAACUAUAUUUUCUUUCAUAUGGCAUCUAAUUUGCAUUGAGUGUACGUUGAGCACCACCUGUUUGGCCGUGGGUGUGAGUUGUCGUACGGCCGUCGACUGGGCAAACUUCGUAAGACACGUUAUGAUGAUUUCCUUCUAUAAUUUAUCCCAGACAAAAAUUGGUGGACCUGGAAAGAUUGUCGAGAUCGACGAAACCACUUUGAGUAAAAGGAAAAACGAAAAGGGAAGGAUUUCGAAAGCUACUAGGUGGGUUGUAGGUGGAAUUUGUCGAGAUGAUAAUUCAUGUUUUGUAUGUAAAGUAAAUGACAGGUCAGAAGUUAGUCUUAACUGGGUUAUUAGUAAAUUUGUAAAUUCAGGAAGCAUUGUGUACACAGACGAAUGGAAAGGAUAUAAUCAUAUCAAUGAUUUAGAAGGAGUCGAUAUUAAACAUGAAACUGUGAAAUGUGCAGAAAAUUUUGUUGAUCCAGUUACUGGUGUCCAUACACAAAAAAUUAAAAGAUUGUGGCGUUGUUUGAAAAACAGAAAGAAUUUGCCAACGCAUUACACUGAAGAUUUGUCUGAUUCGUAUUUAUAUGCCUUUAUGUAUAAGAAGAUUCUGAGAUGGGAAAAACUAAAACCGGGAGAACGUUUCGAGUUGUUUCUUCGGCAUUUGGGUAAGAUUUAUCCGGGAGCAGGCCACACACCAAUAUGGAAAGAGCCAGAAACUGUUCCUUCUGCCCCGAAAGCAGUCCCCAAGAAUAAUGAAAAUCAAAAGAGGAAGAAAGAAGAAAUGUGUGUUAAAAGUACAGGAAAAGUGUCAAGUAAGAUAAAACAAGACGUAGUCACUGAAGAUGUUGCAGAUUCACAUUCCAGUUCAAAGAAAUUGAAGAAAAAUAAAUAAACUGUUAAUCAAAUUGUGAAUGUUGUCUACA